GGGUGCCUUGAUUUCAACAGACUCCUGAGUGAGCACAGCAGAAAUUCGCGGCUCGUUAGUUUAACGCUGCGAUAUUGUAGAUUAGUUCCGUUUCGGAUUGACAGGCUGUGUCACGGACACGCCUACUUGCUUUUAUUAAACCCGGAGAUAGCACAGUUUGAUCGCCGUUGCGUCAAAACAAAAGUUUGUUUUUGCGAAACAGAGUUCGAUCGCUGCCGGCGCCUCGUUCAGCCACUUCGGAGAGACAAAGAUGGUGCUGUACCACAAAGAGUUUGAAAAUGCUGGGAAGGAGACCGGGACCCAGGUCUGGAGAAUCGAACGCUUGGAGCUGGUGCCUGUUCCGAAAAGUUUGCAUGGCAGUUUCUAUGUGGGAGACGCUUACCUGGUCUUGCAUACCAUAGCGAGGAACAACAACUUCUCCUACAAUCUCCAUUUUUGGUUAGGCAAGGAGUGCUCUCAGGAUGAAAGCAGCGCCGCUGCGAUUUUUACGGUGCAGAUGGAUGACUAUCUGGCAGGGAAACCGGUGCAGUACCGAGAACUUCAAGACUACGAAUCCAACACUUUUGUCAGCUAUUUCAAGGGCGGACUUAAGUACCAGGCUGGUGGUGUGGCUUCUGGGUUUACGCACGUCAUUACUAAUGAUCUCUCUGCAAAGAGAUUGCUGCACGUUAAAGGCAGGAGGGUUGUAAGAGCAACAGAAGUUCAUCUCGACUGGGCCAAUUUUAAUAAAGGAGACUGUUUCAUCGUAGAUUUGGGAGCGGUUAUUUAUCAGUGGUGUGGCUCAAAAUGCAAUAAGUUUGAGCGUCUAAAGGCUGCCCAGGUUGCUGCAGGCAUUCGAGACAAUGAAAGAAAUGGCAGAGCACAACUUACUGUUGUUGAGGAGGGUCACGAGCCAACAGAGCUUAUUAAGGUCCUUGGUGUGAAGCCAGAGCUGAAGGAAGGGGAUGAUGAUGAAGAUGUUGUUGCUGAUGUGUCGAACAGGAAGAUGGCAAAACUCUAUAUGGUCUCGGACGCCAGUGGAUCCAUGCAAGUUUCACUGGUAUCAGCAGAAAACCCUUUCUCAUGUGAUCUGCUUUUGACUGAGGAGUGCUUCAUACUGGACAAUGGAGCAGAUAGAAAGAUAUUUAUUUGGAAAGGGAAAAAUGCAAACCCAGAGGAAAGGAAAGCAGCUAUGAAAACUGCUGAGGGAUUCAUCAAAAAAAUGGGCUACCCAUCUAAUAGUCAGAUUCAAGUUCUUCCUGAAGGAGGAGAGACUCCAACGUUCAAACAGUUCUUUAAGAAUUGGAAAGACUUGGAUCAAAGUGAGGGUUUCGGAAAAGUAUACGUCACUGAGUCAAUCGCAAAAGUAAAACAGAUUGAAUUUGAUGCCUCAAAACUACACAGCUGCCCUCAGAUGGCUGCCAAACAUAACAUGGUCGAUGAUGGUUCUGGAAAAACAGAGAUCUGGCGAGUUGAGAGCAAUGGGCGGAUCCCCAUUGACCCUGGUACAUAUGGACAAUUUUACGGUGGAGAUUGUUACAUCGUUCUUUACACAUACAAAUUGGGACAGAUUAUUUAUACCUGGCAAGGAUCCAAUGCAACAUUAGAUGAACUCACCAUGUCAGCAUUCCUCACAGUCAAUCUCGACCAGUCCCUUGGUGGGACAGCUGUUCAAGUUCGCGUGGCCCAAGGGAAGGAGCCUUCUCAUUUGCUUAGCUUGUUUAAGGAUAAGCCACUAAUAAUUUAUAAGAAUGGAACAUCACGGAAGGAAGGUCAGACUCCUGCCCCACCGCAACGUCUUUUCCAAGUCAGAAAGAAUCUGGCUACCAUAACAAGAAUUGUGGAGGUUGACUUGGAUGCUCAAUCUUUGAAUUCCAAUGAUGUUUUUGUACUAAAGUUACCUGAUACUGCUUAUCUCUGGGUUGGAAAAGGAGCCAGUAGUGACGAAGAGAAUGGGGCUCAAUAUCUCACUACAGUCCUGCAAUGCAAGGCAACUAGGAUUACUGAAGGCAAAGAACCUGAUGUAUUUUGGAAUUCACUUGGUGGAAAGAAGGAGUAUCAAACUUCAGCUCUGUUACAAAGUUGUGAAGAUCAUUUUCAGCCUCGCUUAUUUGCUUGCUCAAAUAAGACUGGUUGCUUCAUUAUUGAGGAAGUUCCAGGGGAGUACACACAGGAUGACUUAGCUGAAGAUGAUGUCAUGUUAUUGGACGUCUGGAAUCAGGUAUUUGUUUGGAUUGGAAAAGAUGCCAAUGACGUGGAGAAAAAGGAGUCAGUAAAAUCGGCAAAACAGUACAUUGAUUCAGAUCCUUCUGGAAGAGAUGAAGGGACUUCAAUCAUUAUAGUGAAACAGGGAUUUGAGCCCCCAACCUUCACAGGAUGGUUCCUUGCCUGGGACGCAAACAAAUGGGCAGGAGACCAUGUGAAGAAAGCUAUGUCUUCACUGAAAGUGGCAUAGAAUUCAACCAAGCCCAGCUGAUUACAUGUAACAUCCCAUAAAAGUCAUAUGCAAGCCUAAAGUUAAAUGUUGCUUUUCAAAAGCUUUGGUAUACUGCUCAUAAUUUGCAAACUUUUUUUCUGAUGUGUAGUAUUUGCAUUCUGUGAUUAUUCUUAAAUAAUAAAGCUAAUGGAACAAUUACAAUAUGUGUAAACUUUUAAGAAGUUUGUAAUGCAUACUUAAGGAGUCACUAUUAGACCAAACAAGUCUCAGUCAAAUUGCUACAUGUACAUUAAUACAUUACUAAAAAAUUUCCAGAAUGAAAAGUUGGAAAUUAUAUAACUUAAUAUUAAAGCAAGGAUUGGGCUGAAUUUACAUGGGAGUUUGCAUGAAUUUUCCAGAAUGUCUGCAGCUCUUCCAUUAGUUGCACAGGAAAUUAGGACAUACAGAACCAAGGGUAAUCCAUUUGACCCCUCAUACCUGCUCUGCCAAUGAAUAAAAUUGCAGCUAACUUUUUACCUCAGUACCACUUUCCUGACUAACCCCACAUUUGUUGAUUCCUUUAAUAACCAAAAAUCUUGUAUAUACUGAACAACUGAGACUGCACAGCUCCCUUGGAUAGAGGAAAAGACGUUUCUUCUCACCUCAGUCCUGAAUGACUGAACACCUAUCUUUCAAAUCACGACCACUGAUUCUUACCCCACAAACAUCAUCCCUGCAUCUACCAUGUUUAGCCCUCUGUGAUUUCUGUUUGUUUCAAUAAAAUCAACUUUUAAUCUUAUCAACUCUGAAGAGUACAGGGCCAAUCUACAUAACCUCUUCUGAUAGGAUAAACUUCUGGUCCCAUGAAGUUCCUUUGGUGCAUUCCCUCUAUUGCAAAUAUAUCCUUUCUUAGAUAGGGAGGUCAGACCUCUACAUAGUAUUCCAAAUGAAGUCUCUUCAGGGUCCUAUACAAAUUGCAAUAGGACAUCUUUACUCUUGUUCUUAAGUUCUCUUGGCAUAUAGGCUAACAUAUCUUUGGUUUCCUAAUUACUUAUUGUACCAAUUUUCCAGGCACAAUUCCCCAGGACUCUUUAAAACUGCAGUAAUUUGGUUCCUAAUCAGCAAAGUGCUCAUUUUAAUGGAUUAUGUUAGAUUGAUCUGCUCUGUAUAACUUGAAAAACUGAUGUCAAUAAAUUGUUUCAAAGUUGAUACUUAACUAUAUGAUUUUACAGUGCCCUGAAUCUACUGCUGUAUCUUACCUGUAAAUUUUCUUAAAUGAAUCCUGCUGGAUAGUGUCAUGAAGGCAUAAGUUUAAAGAGUAAAGCUUAUUCUGUAACUA